GCCAAAGUCUCACUCAUCACAUCUCGGACUGAUCAUCGUCCCUCCUUGACAACAACAACUCUUGUAUAUCAACUUCACUCACACUCAUCUCAUAAAACAACAAGCAUCAUCACAAUGUUCCGCAACGCCCUCCGUGCCGCCGCUCCCCUCGCCUCGUCGUCCCUCGCACGGCCGACCCUCCGCGCCGCCCCCCGCGCAGCGGCUCGCGUCACCGUGGCCGUUCCCCAGCGCCGCUCGUACCACGAGAAGGUCAUUGACCACUACGAGAACCCCCGUAAUGUCGGAAACAUGAACAAGACCGACGAGGACGUCGGAACUGGUCUCGUCGGUGCCCCCGCCUGCGGAGAUGUCAUGAAGCUGCAGAUUCGUGUCGACGGCGACGGAAAGAUCAUUGAUACCAAGUUCAAGACGUUUGGCUGCGGCUCCGCCAUCGCCUCGUCUUCCUACAUCACCGAGUACGUCAAGGGCAUGACCCUUGACGAGGCUGCUCAGGUCAAGAACACUGUCAUCGCCAAGGAGCUUUCGCUUCCUCCUGUCAAGCUCCACUGCUCGCUCCUCGCCGAGGACGCGAUCAAGUCUGCCAUCAAGGACUACCAGCAGAAGCGUGCCAAGCGCCUCGCUCAGGCUCAGGCCGCGUCCGCCGCCUCGCAACCACAGGCCCAGGCCGCCCACGCCUAAACGCGGCGUUGCAUUCCUAGUAUCUCGCGAUCGGGGGAACAGCAGAGGGUCGCGCGAGAAGUGUAGCAAAAACCACAGAAUUUAAGUGUGCCACCGGCGUGCGUGUCGUACGGUGAGCGAGCCGAGGCGACCGACGAACAGAACUCGGCGGAUGAGCGAGUAGGGAGUGCGUGGAUCCCACCAGAGAGAGGUCCCACUCAUAUGACAGCUUUGUUUGCAUCGAUGCAGAUGCGUGUUGCGUGUACGGGGAACGGGGAGGCGGGCAGCUGGCCGUAGAUGUCAGUGGCGACGCGGUGGCUUGCCUGCACUCGUUUCUUGUCUCGAUUGCAGCCGUGUCAACAGAAGCGCGCCGGUUACGCCUGAUUGACGGGAAAUUUGCGAGCCGAGCGCGGGGGCGGGUGGGGAUCGAUGCACCGACCGGAUCACGCCAGCGGUUAGUAACUGGGCGGGGGUGUGUGAGGGAGGAGGGACGGACGCCCCUUCGAGGACAUGACAACGCGUCACGGACCAGCCGCUCGGCCUGUGCGAGAGUGAUGCGGACAGCGACGAGGAAAGCGAACGCAGCCCGCGUGAGGCGUAGUCAGCAC